AUGGCUGUGGCGGUGGAGAUCACACGGAGCGAGGUGCUCAGGCCGUCGCGGGCGUCUGCAGCCGGCGGCGGCAGGAGGAGCCCGCUCACCGUGUUCGACCGCGCAGCCACCGACUGGUACAUCCCGGUCGCCUUCGCGUGGGACGCUGCCGCGGCACCGUGCAACGAGGAUGUUAAGGAGGGCCUCGCCGCCGUGCUGGCCAGGUUCCCGCGCCUCGCCGGGCGGUUCGACGUCGACGGGUGUGACCGGAGGUGCUUCAACCUCAACGACGCCGGGGUGAGGGUCAUCGAGGCCACCGCGGACGCACGCCUCGCCGACGCCCUGGCGCACGACGUCGCCGCGCACGUCAACGAGCUCUACCCCAAGGCCAACAUGGAGAACGCCGACGAGCCGGUGUUGCAGGUGCAGCUGACGCGGUACACGUGCGGCGGGCUGGUGAUCGGCUCGGUGAGCCACCACCAGGUCGCCGACGGCCAGUCCAUGAGCGUCUUCUUCACCGAGUGGGCCGCCGCCGUGCGCACCGGUGGCGCCGUCCUCCCGACGCCGUUCGUCGACCGCGCGGCCGUCGCCGUGACGCGUGCACCGCCGGAGCCGGCGUUCGACCACCGGAACAUCGAGUUCAAGGGCGAGCAGAGCAGGAGCCACUCCUACGGCUCCCUCCCCUUGGACCGGAUCAAGAACCUUGUCGUGCACUUCCCGGACGAGUUCGUCGCCGGGCUCAAGUCCCACGUCGGCGGGCGGUGCAGCACGUUCCAGUGCCUCCUGGCGCACGCGUGGAAGAAGAUAACGGCGGCGCGCGACCUCCCGCCGGAGGAGUACACGCAAGUCAGGGUCGCCGUCAACUGCCGCGGCCGCGCCAGCCCGGCGGUGCCCACGGACUACUUCGGCAACAUGGUGCUCUGGGCGUUCCCGAGGAUGCAGGUCCGGGACCUCCUCUCCUCCAGCUACGCCACGGUGGUCAGCGUCAUCCGCGACGCCGUGGCGAGCGUCGACGAGCAGUACAUCCAGUCCUUCAUCGACUUCGGCGAGGUGGCCGCCGGCGAGGAGCUGACGCCGACGGCCGCGCCGCCGGGCACGGUGUUCUGCCCGGACCUGGAGGUGGACAGCUGGCUAGGGUUCCGGUUCCACGGCCUCGACUUCGGCCGCGGGCCGCCGCGCGCGUUCCUGCCGCCGGACCUCCCCGUCGAGGGGAUGCUCAUCUUCGUGCCGUCGUGCGGGGAGAAGGGCGGCGUGGAGAUGUACAUGGCGCUCGACGACCACCACGUCGAUGCCCUGAGGCAGAUCUGCUACGCUAUGGACUGAUCAAGACAGAAUAAAUUUUCACAGGAUAUGAAAUUAGUAUGAGUUAUU